UUGUAGUCGGCCUGUCCUGGUCUAGAAAAUUAUAUUCCCAUGUCCAAGAAACCGGCGCCCAUACCGAAAACCCAGCCCCGUGCCCCGGGCCCCAGGGGACAGGACACGAAGGCCAACAAUGAUCUGUUCCUGAAGGAGGUCUUCAAUGCCACCAACAAAUGCCGGGGCCUGCACGGCUGUCCGGCGCUCACCAUCAGCAAUGAUCUCAACAAAAUCGCCCAGGAAUGGGCCAAUCAUUUGCGCGACAAGAACGUGAUGGAGCAUCGGCCCAAUCCCAAGUACGGCGAGAACAUCUUCCUCUCGGGCGGCAUGGAUGUGUCCGGCGAUCUGCCCGUGGACAUGUGGUACCGCGAGAUCAACGCCUACAACUUCGACAAGGCGGAGUUCACGCCCACCUCGGGCCACUUCACGCAGCUGAUUUGGAAGGCCAGCAAGGAGAUGGGCUCGGGCGUGGCCCGCAAAGCGGACAGAACUUGGGUGGUCUGCAACUACAAUCCUCCGGGCAAUGUGGUCGGUCAAUUCCGGGACAAUGUGCCCAAGAAAUUAAAGGACUGAGAGGGAAGGAACUGGCAGGAAGUGGGCAAUGGGACGAGCUAUACUUUGGUCGAGUCUCUUAGGAAAUAUAAAACCAGGACAGGAGUCGAUCGAA